AUGGCAUCACAAACCAACAAAGAGCUUUUCGUGGGUGGACUUGCAAGGAUUUUGAAAGAACAGCGACAAGUCGAUGUCCGGCUGAAGGCAGGGGACAGCGAUCAGAAGGGUGUAUCUAUAUCUGCUCAUAAGCUUGUUCUGUCUGCAAGAUCUGAGGUGUUUAAGAUGAUAUUGGAAACAGAAGAGAUCAAGGCUACAACUACGCUAGACACAAUCACUCUCUCAGAGCUAAAACACACAGAGUUAGUGGCUUUGGUUGAGUGA